AAACGAAGAGGCUGUUGGCACGGCGGUAGAGACAGAAAUUCACAAUUAAACCUCAAAAUAAUACAUAUUCAUAAAAAUGCCUGGCACGUAUGUCUCAGGGGGCAUCAAGCACCCUAUCCAUAAUCAAAUUUCGGAGCUCCAAAGAAAAAUUCAACUUCUGGAGGGAGACAGAAGCGCGUAUUUCGAAAGCUCUCAGUCUGCCAUCAAGAAGAACAGAGAAACCAUCUCUCAGCUAAGACAUGACAAUAAAAACCUGCACAAGAAACUGGCUGAGGGAGAUGAACAAGCAAUCAAGGAUGUUUUUCAAGGUCGUGGGAUGGAGAAAGCAUCAUUCAGGAACAUGUCCUGUAAGUCAGCUCGGACGGUGCUGGAGAAGGAGGUGUGUGAUAAAAUCAAGAAGCUGAAUGCUAUGAAACACACCACUCAGACACAGAGGCAGCGUUUCGAGGAAUUGAAGCUCCAGUACCAGAGCAUGAAGCCAGAGAGCAUGAAGCCACAGAGCAGAAGCCCUCUGCCUGACAACCAGAAGCUAGAGGAGGAGGAAAAGAAAUUGCGCAUUCUGGAAAACCGAUUGGAGAAAACGCAGCUGAAAUAUCAUGAAGCAGAGCACAUAAUGCGAGGAUACCUCAAACUGAAGGACCACCUACAGGAAGACAGUCUUACAUUUCAGCCACAGCUGGACAGGAUGGAGGCAGAGAUCCACCGGCAGACACAAGUGCUCAAAGAACUGCAGGUCAUGAACAGUGACGCUCACUUGUCAAAGGAUGCAGCCAAGGCUGAGCUGCAGCUUCAGGAGGAGCAGGUGUACAGAGAGCGCAGAGAGCGAGAGAAAAUCCUCUCCCGCUACAAGAAGCAGGCGGAGGAGAGGAUUGCUCAGGCAGAGAGGAUGAAGAGAAGACCCCAGUGGGCGGCCAUGCACCCCGAUGAGCUGAGCAGCGAGGCCCAGCGCAGUGCCAACGCAGUAGAAGAAGUGGAAGCCAUCUCUACUUUUGAAGAAGCUUUCCACCAAAUCAAAGAGGCCACUGGAGUCACAGACUCACGGGAAAUAGUGGACAGGUUUAUCUCUCAGGGAGAAACACAGGAACAUCUGGAGAAGAUGAAGGUAGAAAAUGAGAGAAUGCUGCUUCAGCUGAAGGAAGAGAGGAACACACUGCAAACUCAGCUUCAGGAUAUGAAAUACUCACGAGAAACUGAACUCUCAAGCAGCCAACAGAUGCUGCAGGAUUGUGAGCGUCAGCUGCAGCAGGAGCAGCUGCGCCGUGAUGCAGUUAAAGAUCGUCUGGACAGACUCACACAUACACUAAACACUGUCAAAGCAGGAGUGCAGCAGCUCAGUGACAAACUACAGCACAUACCACUGAUAAAGGGUCCGACACCACAGCUGCCUCCAGACUCAGAAGAACAAACACUGCAGCUGAUGUCUGAGGCCGAGCAGAAACUGAUGCUACUAAAGGAGGAACUACAGGGCAAAGAUCUGGCAACCAUCCUGAAGGAGAUGGAGGAAGAGGAGUUCCCUGCCAGGAUAGCAGGAAAACUACCCCAGUACAACACGCGCAUUCAGUUGCAUGAGGCCCAGAAACAGGACUCUUUUGAUGAUGAGGACGACAGUGGCGAUGAUGAGGGUGAUGUCAUCACCCGUCUCACUCUGAAGCACCAGUCGCAGUCAAUCAUUGACACAAACACCAAGAGGAAGACUCGCAUUAAAAAGAGGAAGGGCAAACUCUGAUCUGAUCCAGACACCGGAGUGUUCAUCAACAUUUGACAGAGUUUAAAACAUGAUCAGCUGUAGCUUUAUCUCCCUUCUG